AUGGCGGACCUGCGCGAGGGCCUACUCGCGCCGCGCGGCGCCUCCGAGGGCGACGACGAUGAUUCGGCCCUCGAUGACCCGAACGGCGACGACGCGACCCGACCGGGCGCCCCGUGGACCGCCGCCGCGACCGCGACGAUCUCGCUGACGAUGACCGCGGUCGGCUCCGUGGUGCUCUCCCUCCCGGCGACGUUCGCCGAGUGCGGGUGGCUCGCGGGGACGUGCGUCCUGGCGCUCGUCGCGCUCCUCGUGGACGCCUCGCUGCUCUUCGUCGUGUACGCGGCGAGAUCGGCGAGGGCGCGCAGCUACGAGGAAGCCGCGCGCGCCCUGCUCGGACCCACCGGCGGCGCGUGCGUCGAGGUGGCGCUCAUCGCGCUCGUCUACGGGAGCCUGGUCAGCCUGCAGAUCAUCGUCGCCGACCAGGUCCAGCCCGUCGUUCUCGGCGUCUUGGACAACUACUCGAGUCACACACGUGACGAAGUUUCCGGGUUCGCGUUCGUCGGCGAGCGAUGGUUCAUCACGUGCGUAUCGCUGGCGUUCGUCUACCCGAUGACGCUCGCACGCUCGCUCACCGUGCUCGCGUCCGCCACCACCGCCGCCUUCUUCGUCCUGCUCUUCGUCGCGGGCGCCCUCGCGUCGGAGUUUGCCAAAAAAGGUUGGAUCCCCGCUCCCGACGUCGUCGCCGUGGAGACGAGCCGGGGGGCGGCGGGCCGAUGCGCGUUGGCGUUACCGGUGGUGGCCAUGGCGUACGCGUGCCACUUCAACGUUGUGGCCGUCGACCGCGAGCUGCCGCGCACGCGUCGCGGCAAGGCGUGCGCGUCCAACGUGAUCCACACAGCUGUGCUCGCGGGUGCGUUUCCUUUUUACGUCGUCUUCGCGUUCGCGGGGUACCUCCAGUUCGGCGCCGACGUCUCGGGGGACGUCCUGACGGAGUGGCGAGGCGGGAACGAGAACGGGGUGAUGACCGCGGCGCAGCUCGCGGUGGCGGGGGUGAACGCGCUCAAGUACCCGCUCAUGGGCUUCUCGCUCAAGAGGGCGGUGAACGAGAGGCUGGCGAGGCUCUGGCAUCCGACGAAUCGCGCGGAUCGAGACCGAGACGAGGAAAGGGACGAAGGGACGGCGGAUGUACACGACGAUUCAUACGACGACGACGACGACGACGACGACGAAGGAAACCGACAAAUGCAGAGGCGGGGAACUCGGGGGCAAAUGGUCCGCGCCAGUCCGUCCGCGCCGUUCUGGGCGGAGGCGACGGCGGGUUUGAUCCUGCACGCAUCCGUCGCCGCGUGCGCGCUGUCCGCGGGGAGUUUGCAGCUCGCGGUGGACCUCGUGGGGUCGUGCUGCGGCGUGCCGGUGAUGCUCGUCGUCCCGGGGUUGAUGUUCCUGGCGGCGUUCGAGCGCGGCGACGCGUCCGGGGCGUGGGUCGGCGAGAACCGCGACGACGAGUCCUCCGUGUGGGACGAGGAAGCCGCCGACGUCGACCCAAGAGCGCGGGAGUACUUUGGCGAGGGUCUCGAGUGGGCCGCGCGAUGGGAACGCGACGCGCGGGGGCGGUUGGUGGCCAGGCCGAGGGCGGUGAUGGCGGCGCUCGCGUGGACGCUCGUGGCGGUGGGCUCGGUCGUCGCGGCGACGGGUUUGGCGGGAAUCGCGUACGAGUUGGCUUCUGGGACCGGGGCCGCGCGUUAG